AUGGACCCGCGGACGUGGGCACGAGCCUUUUCGUCCACCAAGAAGCAGGAGCAGGCGCUGCAAUCGCAGCAGCAACAGAAGUCACAGAUCAUGUACACACAAUCAAACGGCUACGGGAGCAAAUCGUCGACGACAAUGAUGGCGGCGCCGCCGCUGCCACCGCCCGCCGUCAUCCCGGCGACGCUGGAGGCGAUCGCGAAGACGUCGCAUGCCAUGACCGACUUUGUCCACUCGCUCGGCGCCUUUGCCCAUGUCGAGCUCGAGCCCCUCGCCCGCGAAAUGGCCGACCUGCGCCUCGUGCUCGAGCUGCUGCGCGACGAGCCCGCUGUGCCGCGCGCGCUGCACGACCUCGUCGCGGGCGUCGCCGGCUGGUGCGCCGACGCCCUGGGCAGGGUCGACGCCGUCCUGGCCGAGUGCAGAGAAGGGCCGGCGCGCAGCGGCCGCUGGGCCGGCAAGGGCAAGAGCGAGGUCGCUGGCCUCAGGGCACGCCUCGAGGCGUACCGGAGGGCGUUGGCGCUGGCGCUCGAAGUGGCGACUCUGCCCUUCCCGUCAAAUAAGGAUUCCUUCCCGAUACAGGGUUCCGACGUGAGCCAAGAGGCCGAUGCGAUUCUCCAGAAGAUCAACCGCUUGCAGGCGCAGAUUCCGCAGGCCGAGUGGGGAAGCCGGCGGUCCAGGUUUACCCUGCAGAGCCAUUUGAAUGACAUGGCUGGUUAUGUCGAGGCCGUCGCGGGAAGAGAAAUAGUCACCACCUACGAGAUACCCGAGUCCCCGUAUCAGAUUAAUCCCGGCAGCAGGCCGGUUUCCAGGAAGAGCUCCUUGUCACUGAAGCGAAUGAGGAACGCUCUCACCCGCGUGGCUACGUCAGAGAGCCACACGCGCUCCUCCUCUAUUAGUUCCGAGUCAACGCCGUCGUUAGACCCGGCCGGCUCGUGGCAGCAGCAAGCACCUGAGGAAGAAUUUGCAGUGGCGGCCAAGACGCCAUCGCUUAUUAGGAUGCAGCACAGGACGGCCGUGCACCCCAGGGAUCUAGACGACUUAUCGGCAGUCAGGAGGGGCAGCCAUUCGUCGUCGUCGACGGCAAACAGGGUCUCCAAGACGUCGUCCAUGGCUUCGGAAGGCUUCCCGACGCCGGCGCCCACGCGACCCCUGCCCGCACUACCGCAGACCCGCCGCGUCUCGGACCAUGCCUCGGUCGAUAGCUCGAUACCCGGAUCGCCGCAGACGUCGCGGAACUCCAAGUCGUCGAGGACGGCGUCGACCAUCGACAGGGCGUCGCGGACGUCCUCGACGCGGACACCCCUGUCGCCCGUGUUCAAGGACCCGACGGUCGAGAGCCCACCCCUGUCACCCAAGCAUGUGACGCAGAUGAAGAUGUACCCUACCAACUCAAAGAUACCCGGCGAGAGGGACCAGCCCGCGCUGCAGAUGGACCUCUCGCCGAGCUCGACGAUCCUCUCGUACCGCAGCGGCAACAACGUGCUCAAGAUCUGGUCGCUCAGCGACGAGGGCGAGAGGCUCGAGGCGAGCAUCAAGUUCUCCUUCCUGGUCAAGGCGCAGACGCGGUCGCGCGACUUCUUUGUGCGCAGCCACGCCAUCCUCGCCGAGCCGACGAACCUGGUGGCCAUCGCCACGGGGUUCGGGACGACGGUCGAGGUGCACAACUGGCAGCGGAAGAAGAAGGUGCAGAGCUUCAGCGACGCCGACCGCUGGGCCUCGGUCCGCUCCGACGUCUUCUCGGCGGGCUGGAGCCCGCUGGCCAUCUACCGCGCCGAGAGCGACACCAUCAGCAUCUACCCGGCCGAGAAGGAGGGCAAGAAGCCCUUUGGCAAGCCCUACAAGAUCGACCUCAAGAAGGCCGGGCUGCCCCUGCUGCCCAAGUACCCGGAGCUCGCCUACUCGACGACGGGGCCCGUCCUGCUGGCCGCCUCGGGCCCGCGCCCGCCGCGCCUCGGCGAGCCGCCCUCGGGCAACGUGACGAUGCUCAUGGCGUGGGAGAUCAAGGACCCGGCCGCCGUGGCCGCGGGCCAGGUCGACCCGCACAUCCCCUACAAGUGGCUCAAGCCGCGGCACCCGGAGCUCGAGACGGCGCUGCCGACGUGCCUGUCGACGUACGGCAGCGUGGCGGUCUCGAUCUGGAUCCCGGCCGGGUACAGGUCCGUGCCCGCGCGGGGGAUGCCGGGCGGGUACCAGCUCGUGCCCGUCAGCGUGACGGAGCGACACGUGCUGGUCUGGGAGCUGCAGAGCAACAAGACGAGCACGUUUAGCAUCCCCGACGCGCUGUCGUGCGUCUCUCCGGACUGCCGGCUGCUGGCGUACUGCGACCCCAAGGGCGUCCGCUCCGGCGGCAGGGGCAAGAUCGCCGUGCUGGACGUCAUGAGCGGCGAGGAGCUCUGGCGGUGGCCGAGCCCGGAGCUGGCGCCCGGCCUGGCCGGGUGGGAGGCCCUCGAGGACCUGGGCCAGGUGGCGGACCUGGCGUUCUCCGGGGACGCGGGCGUGUUGUUUGUCGGCGGGGCGGACGGGAGCGUUGCUAUGUUCAAGGUGCAGGAGGGGGGCAUGGCGGCGGCGGCGGCAGGCAGGGAGGGGUGGGGAGGGUGA